AUGAGUGGUAACAAUACCCUCACAGUUAUUAACCCAGAUGAUGGAAAACGGUAUCGUCUUAACAUAAAGGGUGAGGUUGGUCGACUGACGAUUGGACGCUUAAAACAGUGUCUUGCAGCAGCCUCCUCCUGUCCAAUUCCCGCAGCAGAUCAAAUCAUCAAAUUCAACAGUACACCACUUAAUCAUGAUGAUGAGGCAUGCGCUGCGUAUGGGAUCACCAACGGCUCUACACUCACAGUUGAACACCGCCAUAAUGUGGAUCCAUCAACAAAUCACACCGCCUCCUUUAACUCACCCCGGCGGCGGGCCCUGGAGUAUCAAACAAUCCAACAGCAGGAGGUUGGACUAAGCAGAGAUACCGUCGCCUGUGAUGAUACGCUACAGCGAAAAAUAAAUGAUCUGCAGGAUCAGUUACAUUCAGCGGAGCGAAAGAAGAGAGAACUUGAGCGGGAGAAGGAAAUGACAGAACGGGAGUUGAAUAGAGUGCGGGAGAAGGAGGAGUUGGCAGAAAAAGAAAAACAACGCUUAGCUGAACUGCAACAACUUGAGGCACGACGAGCAGCACAGCGGGCGUCUGAUUUGGCUGCACGUCGCGAACAACUCCGAGUAGAAGAAGAGGCUGCACGGGAAGUCGCACUGCAGAAACUCGAUAAUGAGCGACGACGAGCAUUGUUAGAACAACAACGUGCAGAGUAUGAAGCGGAGAAGAAACGUCUUGAAAAGGAACGCGAGGCAUACGAACAGCGUGCCAAAGAACGUGAAGUUAAUAUCCGCGCAAGAGAAAUAGAGAUUGAGCAGCAAUUAUUAAGUGCGGAGCGUGAUCGAAAGGAAUUGGCGUUACAGCGACUUGUCUCUCAGAAGAAUCGUCUCCUUUAUUAUGACCGCAUGGGUAUGCCACCACCACCGGAACUACAGCAGGCUGCAUCUAUGAUGGAAUGGAAUAACAGUCAACCACCAUCUAUACAAGCGGCCCAAUUUGAAAACCAGAAUCAUAACAUCAAUGGUCAUAUUCUUCCACUUGGACUUAAUGUCAGUGGAAGUAUGCAGUCAUCUACCCUACAACAACAACAACAACAACAACAAUAUCAGGGUAAGGAAAAAGAACGUCCACAUAAUAAUAGGAGUGAUCAAUACCCAAAUGGAUUUUUGGGUAGUGAAUACAAAUCCCCAUUAUGUGGAUCUGUUGAAAACUCUGGGAAAAGAGAAUCAUUUGUUACAGAUAAUGCAAUGAAGGUGACAGGAAAUGAUAACAGUGUUUUACCCCAAGAUGUUGGAUUGUAUGAUGCACGUGAAAAUGCUAUUCAGAACAUGCUUUAUAUGAGUCAAGAUCUUGGAUUAGAGAAACCAUUAGAAUUUGAUGACAAUAACACAUGUGUUUUAAGCGUUGAUGGUCAAUACACUUUGUUGGUAACUUUUGAUACAACGACGGAACGACUCUUCUUGUACUCUACUCUUUUAACAGCUAUUCCACGCGAUCCAAAUGUGAGACUUUCUGUAUAUGAAUUUCUAAUGGAAGGAGCUUUAUUGGGACGAGAAAUGUGUGGUGGUGGUGUUGGGGCUUCACUUAAAAAUGACUUUAUUCUUUUGUCAACAAGUAUUUACUUACCAACAAGUCACCCAACUACUCUGCGCACUAUCAUACCCUUAUUUGUAUUAUCCCUCCAGAAGUGGCGAGAAAAGCUGCAACAAUUAUUAGAUGAUGUACACGCAGAGAAUAAGACAGUGAAUGCAAAUGACUCUGAUGUAAAGCGCAGGUUAAAGGAACAAUCAACAGAUCGUUCCAUCAACAUGACAGCAACUCCUGUCUCUGCGCAAAACCACAACAUUGUUGGGGCAGGUCAUAGUGGAAGUAAACCUUUCAUUGGUAUUGAAGCUACUGACAGCGUUGUUGUUAAUGGAGUCUCUUCAAAGUAUGAAGAUGGAGUUUUGGUUAUCAGUGUGACAGGACCAGCUGCACAUGCUGGUAUAAAGCCGCAUGAUUUCAUCACGAGGAUAAACGGUAAGCCUGUAACGAGUCUUCGGCAAUUUCAGCAUGAAGUCUCUAAUUUAGUCGGUGGUGCCGUUGUACCUUUCGUUGUAGACCGUGCUGGACACAAGCUGGUAGUGUCUACUAAAGUUGGCUUAGUGUCAUAA